UUUUGAGGAGGGAGAUGGUUUGAGAAUGAGAAAGAGUACAGUUAUUGAAGACCUUUUACAACAAAUUGAAAAGAACAAGAAAGAAGUAACCAUUUCAUCUAGUUGGGAUUUUUACAAGAAGAUUUUUUAUUUUUUGGGUAAGGAAAUUUUUUUAUUAUUUUAA